AUGUCUUCAACCAUCUCCUCCGGUAGACCCGUGCCAGCUCUGGACAUUGCUUGCGUGCGUGGAUGGCUGUCGGAUUGCGAGACCAAACACGUGACUUGCGGGAUUCUAGAAGACUCGCUUUCCACCAACGAUCCGGUCGAUAUCAUACUGAUUGAUGUACGGAACAACCGUAUUGUCAAAGGAAAUACUAAUGAAAGAUACUUGGCUGUGAGUUAUGCUCGUGGCGGAGUCAAAUGUCUUGAAGCCACCAAAGCCAACUUCGACACAUUGCAAAGAGAUGGUGCACUGGAUCAGCAGAAGCUAAAGCUCCCGAAGGUCAUCGAGGACGCCAUGAAAUUAACCAUGUCACUCGGAGAGAGAUAUCUUUGGGCUCAUUGUCUGAGUAUCGUACAAGAUGAUCAGAUGCACAAGGACAGUCAGAUCAAUAGCAUGCAUCAAAUCUUCGGCAAAGCAGCUAUGACGAUUGUUGCCGCGGCAGGAAGGGAUGCAAAUUCAAGACUUCACGAUGUUGGAGCCGGGUCAAGGUCUUCGUACUUGGCCGAAAAUUUUAUCGAGGGAAGAAGAUUUAUUGCUCGCCCAGCCAACCUCCGAUAUCUAUUAGAGCACGGCUCGUAUGGCAACAACGCUUGGGCUUACCAGGAGAGGAUUCUAUCGAGACGUUGUCUCAUCCUUACACAAUACCAAGCCUAUUUCCACUGCCAGACAUCAACUCAUACUGAUGCAGGAGAUUGCGAGCCACAAGAUAUGCCCUCAGAACGAGACAUGCCAUCAAGUCCUCUAGCCACGGUCCAAAUGGAGCGAAGCCUAGACGGCAAGUCUCAAUUCGACACCUUCUCAAAGGGCGCGAUGAGCCUAUACUCCUCCCUCAUCCAAUCUUCCACUCGACGCCAUCUCUCCCACCCUACCGACCGCCUUCCCGCCUUCGAUGGCAUCUCCGCCAUCCUAAAAUCCUGCUACGGCAGCCCCUCCAUAGCCGGCCUCCCCGAAGCCAUCCUCGACGUCGCCCUCCUGUGGGUCACUUCAAACCCUCAAACCCCAACCCACCGCACCCGCUCCCUCCCCAGCUGGUCCUGGGCCUCCCACCCGGGCAGCAUCGACUACCUCAGC